UCUGCAUCAUGCGCAGUGUGCAGCAACAGUAAUGUCAAGUUGUAUCAAACUUGGUUAAGUUUGAUACAAGUUUCAUGGGAAAGUAAGACUUUAUUUUCAACAAUGAUAACUUCACGAGGACUCGGUUUAUUAAAAAUUGCCUAUAGAAGUAGUCAAAACAAAGUUGCUGCAACAAAUUUGAGGCCUGUUAGAUUAAGUCAUGACCAUUAUCAUGGAUCUUAUCGUGAAGUUCCACCAGAAGAAAAAAAAUGGGUAAUUGGGGCUGAAAUUUUUGGUGGCAUAUUGUGGUGGUGGGUGUUAUGGCAUUUCUGGCAUGACUUUGGCCAUAUUGUUGGAGAAUUUCCAUAUCCAGACCCAUCCAAGUGGACAGAUGAAGAAUUAGGCAUACUACCAGAUGAUGCUGAUGAGUGACUCUAAUAAGUGACUCGCAUGUUAUAGUUAAUUGUACAAAAGUGUUACAUGAAGGUAAAAUAUAUCUAUCCUUAUAUAUAUCAAAAUAAGAGUUUACAAAAAAAAAUUUCGAUAUUCACAAUAGAAUAAAUGUAUAAUACUUGUGGAAA